AUGUCAAUCGAAAGUUCUUUUUCUUCUAGAUUGUUCCGUGUUCUUUUAUCUCAACUUUUCGUUGCAGUUUCGGCACGGUCGGUGAAUCUUCUGGAGGUGGACGUCCACAGAAAAUGGUUGUUUUCCCGGUUGACCGGCCUGGAUAUUCUGAUCAAAUAUUGUCGUGAGGAUAGGAUGCCCAGAAGUUUCGGAUCUACAGCGGUAAGUGGACUGCGUCCUUUUCAGUGUUGUUUUAGAUGUUCAUUCUUCCGGAUUUCAUGGCCAAAUUCCGCUGGUUCAAAAAUUGUUUGGUGAUGGAGAUGUGAAAAACUUCGACGUAAGCUUGGCCAUCAUAGAACCGCACAAAAUGGUUUGUAAUGUUGUACAAGCAUUAUUUCAGACUAAUAUAGUGAUGAUGCUCUGCUCCAAGCUUGAGUGGGUUCCGGACCAGCCGCCCAGCUCAUGA